UUCAAUGUUCCCCCGAGAGAGAGGAAAAAAAACAGCUUGUGUGCGUCUUCCUCGCUGCGCUUGUUUGAGGCGCUUUCGGACAACUUUUUUAGCAUAUUAAGCAUUUAGCACAACCCAAAAGGUGACGGAAAACGAUGGCAGAAUACCUGGCCUCGAUUUUCGGUACCGAGAAAGACAAGGUCAACUGUUCGUUCUACUUUAAAAUUGGUGCCUGCCGCCAUGGAGAUCGCUGCUCCCGCAUCCACAACAAGCCGACCUUCUCGCAAACCUGCCUGCUGCAGAACCUGUACGUGAACCCCCAGAAUUCGGCCAAAUCGGCCGACGGUAGUCACCUGGUGGCGAACGUGUCGGACGAAGAGAUGCAGGAGCACUACGACAACUUUUUCGAGGACGUGUUCGUCGAGUGCGAGGACAAGUACGGUGAAAUCGAGGAGAUGAACGUGUGCGACAACCUGGGCGACCAUCUGGUCGGCAACGUGUACAUCAAGUUUCGCCGCGAAGAGGACGCGGAGCGGGCGGCCAAGGAUCUGAACAACCGUUGGUUCGGCGGCAGACCGGUGUACUCGGAGCUUUCGCCGGUGACAGACUUCCGCGAGGCGUGCUGUCGGCAGUACGAGAUGGGCGAAUGUACGCGGUCCGGGUUCUGCAACUUCAUGCACCUGAAGCCGAUCUCGCGCGAGCUGCGCCGCUAUCUGUACUCGAGACGCCGGGGACGUUCCCGAUCUCGGUCGCGAUCGCCACGUCGCGGUGGUGGUGGUGGUGGGGGCGGAGGCGGAGGCGGCAUCGGAGGUGGUCGUGAUCGUUCCCGCGACCGCCGUCGAUCGCGCAGUAGGGAUAGGAAAAACGAUCGCAACGACAACGGGCGUAAGGGGCGAUAUUGAACACCGACUGCAUGAUUCGCUCGUAGACUUUUUCCCCUUUCAUCAACUUGACACAAUUAUUGCGCCAUUUAGUUUAAUCGCGAAUGAUUGCAACCCUCUUUCCAACAACUUGUCCAGAUACAAAAAAUAUGCUACACGAAAUGUAAUUAAUGAUCAUGAAGAGAAAUACAUAUACAUGCGACCAAAUAAAUCGCUAAUAUG